AUGGCCCCGAAAGAGUGUGUCUUUUGUAUGAAUACCACCUCAUCGCUCUCGGUGGAAAAACAGGCUGUAGCCACAGGCCGUCUGGAUCGCCUUGCUGGGCCCCACUUCCCCCCCGUAUUUAUAGUGAAGUUGGUGGAGGUUGUAAAGGCAGUGGGCGCCUCUCAGGGGGCCGCCGAUCUUAUCUCGGAGCAUGCGAAGACGCUGAAGAAGCACUUGGUGUUGGUGAUCGACACCAAGAGGUUUAUUCUGAGUCAUUUGCUUGCCCCGCACCGUUUGGAGGCUGGCAGGCUGAUGGGGCGGGCCGUUGCGAGCGUUGAAGGCGCCGACGUGGCGACGAAGCUUGGCUGUGGGCGCCCGAUGGGGCCUUUCGCGUUGGCGGGCAGCAUCGGAAUUAACGCGCUCGAGUUCAGUGCGGACGCACAGCGCAAGGAGGAACCAGAACAUUUAUAG